AUGCCCGCGCUCUGGCAAUCAUCUCAGCGCCCUAUGUACGUAAGAACUAUUUGGGUGGACGGAUUCCGGCACGUGAUUUUAAACCACGACGAUCCUCACUAUAUCAAACUCUGCACUAAAAGAAGCAGACCUAAUUCAUCAGCAAGUUACGUAAAAAGUAAUAGAAACAUCCCCAGUUCUCUAAGCCAUCAGGAAGUGUUGGGUGAAUGUCUUCGGAAAUUCAACUUCAUAAGGAAUGAGAGGCACGAAGAAAACACACGGAUACCCCAUAUAGAAAGGUUGAACUUAUCGGAUGUGGAUGAUUCGAACGAGGACUUAAUAGUCAAGACAUCACCACAACCAUUUUGUGAGAUAAAAAACAUUCAAUUGAAUCUAGAAACCGAUAACAUGAGAGCUGUUAAAAGCAAUCGCACUUCAAGAACUGAAGUCAAAGAAAACACAGAUUUAUCUGACAGAGUACUGCAAUGGUUGGAUCUAGCUGGUAAAGAGAGUCUUUUAACACAAGAAAACAUGGAAAGAAUGACCCAACAAAGACACAGCUGGCCAGAAAUACAAAGAAGGAAUAUGGUUAAAUCAAAAACAGCUACGGAUUUGAGGACGAAGGAAGCAAAGCAAGUGACGGAUACUAAAACGUGUACUAUCGAUCGGCAAGAGGCUUACAUACCGACAUCGGCGAACACGAUCGAGAACUAUGCGAGACAGUCACGGAACACGAGGAUCACGCGACACGACACGAAAAUAAAAGAAAACAAAAAGGUCAAAGACAUGAGGACGAGUGUCGCUGAGACGAGGCAGAAAAUGGUAUUGGAAAGGAAUGCUGUUGAAAAACGCUACGCCGAUAUGGUCAGCAAGAAAUUAAUUCCUGAUACUGGUAAGACGAAAAAGCAAGUGCAUAUAUUCAUGCCGGAGGCUUUGACUAAUAAAGGAUCAAAUAUAGCAAGUGUUCCCGAAAGUCUAGUUUCUAAUAAAUCUUAA